AGACUCUGUCCCGCUCCCAACCCCGAUCCAUGCUAGUCUAUAAGAAAGAUUUUAAGCAAUCGUCUUUCUAAGUCGUGACAAAAACUGUCUCAGUUUCAGUCAUGCGUUCUCCUACUCUGAGUUUCGUUGCAAGUGUAUUUCUUUUUUCAUACAUUGCACUAGCUGAUGAGUUACAAAGCACUAACGUAGUCAAGGCUAGAAUUGAGAGCUGUGGUGGGUGACGUCUGAACAGACUUCCUCAGGUGAAGAAAUUCAUUUACGAGGAUGUUGAGUUAUUUCACAAUGUGCUGUUCAAGUCCAUUCCAGGUGCAUCUCCUUCUAUUCUCCUUUUGAAUGAAUUCGAUGAAGUUGUGGAGAAGGUUGAUAUUUCAGAAUUUUCAAGAGAGGAGUGCAACAACUUCCUUUUGCGCCGUGGCUUCUUUAAAAAGUCAAACACAAUUGAUGAGGUGCCUGAACAUUUAUUGAAUGGUCCUUACUUUCCAAAAGAGGAUUUGUAGGCUGAAUCUAUUUGUUUGUAAAAAUAUCUGAUGGCUUUUGUAUGCUGUUUUCUAAAAGCUCAAAUUUCAAUUGGCUUGUAUGAAGCUUGCAUUGCUAAACUUUAAUAAUGGUGCAUGCAAGCAGAUGAGGCAGUGCAGUUUCUGUGCUGUGGCCAAACAAUUUGAUGCUGUUGAAUACAACACAAUCAAGCUGUCUACAAUAA